UCAUUGUCACUGCUUUGCAAAUAAACCAUAAACAGAAACAACAUAACAUAGUUCAAUCUAAGGUAAGAAUUCCAACAUGUCCAUAGCACCAUCCCAGCAAAGCUUCCUAAUCAACUCCCUCACACCGUUAACCCAAAAGCCGAAAACAAGAUUAGCAAUCUCCACCAUCUCAUGCAGGCACUUGCAAGAUGACCAUAAUGAUUCUUGCAGGACAAAGAGUGAAAACCAAUUGGCAAAGCUUGCAAUAGUGACACUAGCAGCUGGGGUGCUUACGCUUGGUUCUGUUGGUGAUGCAUCAGCUGCUAAAUCUGGUGGUAGAGUUGGUGGUCAAGCUUUCAGGUCAUCAGCUCCUAGGUCAUCCCCUAGAAUCAAUAACAACUCGAGGACCAAUAUAUAUGUCAAUCCACCAGUUGCUCCACCUUUAGUUGGUGGAUAUGGGUAUGGUUUUGGUGUGCCAUUCUAUGGUGGCUGGGGCUGGUCGCCAUUUUCGUUCUUUGCACCAGGUCCUAGUGUUGCCAUUGUUGGAGGUGGAUUCGAAACCUUGGCACUCUUUUUGUUUCUUGGUGCUGUCGCUGCUGUGAUCAGAAGAUUCAAUGGAUCAAGAGAUGAAGAUGAGUACUAAUGAUCGGAAAUACUUUUUGAUGAUUGAAUAUCAAACAAUACAGAUAUAUAAUAUUUGACCAUAACACAUUCUAAGCUGGCCAUUAUUGUAAUAUAAUUUAAGUAUGAUAAGAGAAACAAAAUUUCAAAAUUUCUAGGAUUGCAGUAGUUGAUUCUUACAUAUUAUGAUUAAUUGAUAUCGUUGCAGAUAGACUCUGAACGGUGAUGAAUUUGUGAAAGUAAGGAUUAAGGAAAGGGCAUUUGUCAUAACUGAUAAAUUUAUACUGU